GUGCGAUGGACGGGAAAGGUUACGGUGAGGAAGAAAUUCAUCGUGCUGAAACCGGCGACCAGUGGGUGUGCCAGGAAGGUCAGUUCGUGCCUUUCCUUGAGACAACCACUACUUCUACCACCACCUCGGCAUCCAGCACUACUUCUACUACCACCUCGACAUUCAGCACUACCCCGGCACCCACUACCACCACAGCCUCGCACAUGACAUUCUGUGAACUGGUAAAGGGAGGCUAUAUAUACCUGGAGACCUCCGAGAUGACGUGGGACGAUGCGCGUGCCAGUUGUAGGGAGAGAGAUGGUGACCUUCUGGUGACCAAGGACUUCGAUGACCUGGAAGAGUACAUGGAGAACUUUGAUAUAACAGACGUGUGGAUAGGCGGCCGCGGCUUGCAGUGGCUGGACGGCACCAAUGUCACCAGCCACGAGUGGGCCGAGAGCGAACCCAAUGAUGACGAGGACGCCUGCAUCAAAGUGAAGCAUUACGACUCCCAUGUUUAUUUAUAUGACAAAAAAUGCUGCUCCACCUAUGAGUCCCUCUGCCACUUAGGGGCACACUAUCCUUAAGCUGGCGUCACACUUGACCGCUUUCGCUCAUGGCUUGCCAGGCGACGAGUAAUGCCGACCAGAUGAUCAACCUCACGAGCAAAGGCUGGCAGUUUUCUCCCCUUUUGGACAGAGAGCAUCUCGUAAAGUCCUAUGUAAACAAGAAAAAUAACUGCCCUCCCAAAAGUGUCCCCUUCAAUGAUAUAAUUAUCUAUCAUGUACAAUUCCUUAAUUUUACAUCGGUUAAUCGGAAGAGUGAGGGAAUACCCAGUGUUGCUUUCCCGACGCUACUCCCUCGUCAGUCCCUCACGACCACACACUAUUAGGCUUACAUGUUUCUUUAAACCUUUUUUUUUUUCUGACAAGAAAUAACUGCAGCAAAAACGCUAUUGCAAAGGCUAUCGUUCAGUUCUUGUUAAAUGUCUAAAACUGCUUCAUCAGCUGCACAAUUUGUGAUAGUUUGUAGCUUAAAUAAGAGGCGGUAGAUGCCAUUUCUAUCUUGGUUUGUCAUUUUUCUAGAUUAGCGCAGGUGAUGGUGCUUGAUGUUUACAAAACCAUUGGGUUCUUGAGCAAAGAUGAGGCUCGCUCGCUCGCCGCUCGGCAAGCCACAAGCGAAAACCAUUCAGUGUGACGCCAACGAUACUGUGGCCAGCGAUACUGAGUCUAAAGGUAAAGUUGGGGGCAUACGCUGUAGCAGCGUGUGGCCUCGGUGUUCAUCUCCGUAACAUUGGCCCUUGAGCUUGUGGUGGGAGGGAGCCCAUUACCCCGGGACACAGGGCCAGUGUGACAUCCGGGUUGCCACAGCUUACAUUCCCCAGGUUUCCCCAGGUACCCAUUUAUCGACCAGCCCGAGAGGGAGGAUGACUGGGUGAGCUGCAAGCCGACUGCCCGGGUCGGAAUUCGAACCCGGGCCCGCGGAGUAGAAGCCAGGCACGCUGACCACUAGACCAUGGAGGCGUAUCUGGACCACGGAGGCGUAUAAGUCUAGGAGUCUAGGACAGUGUUAUAUAAGGUUAAUAUGUGCAAGUGUUGGACAAGCAAGUGAACGAAGGAAUCCUGUUUCCCUGACCCGCUGUACUUCACAAAACAUAUAUUGUUUGUAACUCAAUUCAAAUCAUAAACUUAGCAAAACACUUGGUUGAAAGGUUUUUUUAUCAUAUCACGCCUUAAAUCAUGCAAUACUGUUCGAGCUCGUGUUCAUGUUUUUUC